GGCUCGCCGUGAGCUCUGCGAGCUGCGAUCGCUGCGGCGGCUGCGGCGGGUUGGAGCGGAGCUGCGGGCAAGAGUCGGGGUGCUGAAAGACAGACCUACCAGGACAACAUGAGAAGUGCAGCCAAGUCCUGGAGCCCUGUUGUCAAAGCAGGGAGCCAUGUAACAGACCGUGCACGACCUCUUCCCACAGCUUCCUCUGGCAUGAAGGCUUCUAAAUCUUCAACAUCAUUAGCAUUUGAGUCCCGGCUGAGCAAGCUCAAGAGGGCCAGCAGUGAGGACAUGCUCAACAAACCAGGAGGCACCUCCACUACUUCUGGAGUAGCCCGACUGAAGAAAACGUCCACCUCUGGAGCCAUCUCUGAGCUCAGUGAGAGCCGUCUGAGGAGCAACCCAGGGGCUGUGACUACAACCAAACGAACUGGCAUUCCAGCUCCUCGAGAGCUUUCAGUUACUGUCUCAAGAGAUAGAACUGUGCCACGUGGUCCCUCCAACCCAAGGAAAUUAGUGUCCAGCCCAACUUCUUCCAGCACACCCACCCCUACCAAGCAUCUGAGAAUCACUUCUACAAGACCCAAGCAAGAGAAUGAAGGUGGAGAAAAGGCUGUGCUGGAGUCACAAGUUCGGGAGCUUUUGGCAGAAGCCAAAGCUAAAGAUAGCGAAAUUAAUAGACUUCGAAGUGAGCUGAAGAAAUGCAAGGAGAAAAAGACUCUGGAUACUGAAGGAGCUGAUACCUUAGACCCAAGUGUAAGUGGAACAUUAGUCUCACCAUGUGAGUCAGAGCCUUUGCUAAGAGCUCUUGAAGAGAAGAACAAGGAUUUUCAGAAAGAGCUGGCUAAUUUAGAGGAAGAAAACCGAGUUUUGAAGGAGAAACUGACUUAUCUUGAGCACUCACCAAGUUCUGAACCAAGUCACACUGGUGAUAGCAGCUGUCCAACCUCUGUAACUCAGGAGUCCAGCUUUGGAAGUCCACCCGGAAAUCAGCUGUCAGGUGAAGUGGAGGAGUUUAAGAAAAAUAUACAUGAAAAUGCAUUACGGAAGUCAGGUUCUUCAAGUAGUGACGUCACCAAAGCUUCUUUAUCACCCGAUGCCUCUGAUUUUGAACACAUCUCAGCAGAGACCCCAUCUCGGCCCCUUUCUUCCACUAGCAACCCCUUUAAGAGCUCGAGGUGUUCAACUACAGGGAGUUCCCCUAACAAUGUGAGUGAAUUGUCCCUGGCAUCUCUUACAGAGAAGAUCCAAAAGAUGGAAGAAAAUCACCACAGCACAGCAGAAGAGCUGCAGGCUACUUUGCAAGAAUUAUCGGACCAGCAGCAAAUGGUGCAGGAAUUGACAGCUGAAAAUGAGAAGCUGGUGGAUGAGAAGUCUCUUUUGGAAACUUCCUUUCAUCAGCAUCGAGAGAGGGCAGAACACUUAAGUCAAGAAAAUGAGAAGCUGAUAAAUCUUUUACAAGAGCGAGCAAAGAAUGAAGAACCCAAAGCUCAAGAAGGAAAGAUUCUUGAACUGGAGCAGAAGUGCAAAGAGAUCCUUGAACAGGGUCGAUUUGAAAGGGAGAAGCUGCUCAAUAUUCAGCAGCAGCUAACCUGUAGCUUAAGGAAGGUUGAGGAAGAAAAUCAAGGAGCUUUGGAAAUGAUUAAGCACUUGAAGGAAGAAAAUGAAAAGCUAAAUGGGUUCUUAGAACUAGAAAGGAGUAAUAAGAGUGUGAUGUCCAAGACUUUGGAAGAACUUGAAGUUACUGUGGAAGGACUGAAGAUUGAAAAUGGAUCUUUGAAAAUUCAUUUGGAGAAUGAGAAGCAAAAAGCUGGAGAGACCUUUCCCACGGGGCCAGUGGAGGUGGAAUGUGAAGUUCAAGAGAUGUUGAAACUAACUCAAGCUGAGAAAGAUCAGUUGGAACUGUCUUGCUCUGAACUCAAAAAAGAAUUAUUGAAAGCAAAUGGGGAAAUUAAUCGGGUCUCAAGUCUACUAGCCAAGGUGGAAAAGGAUCAUUCUUACUUGAAGGAUAUAUGUGAUCAUCAAGCAGAACAGCUGAGUAGAACUAGCCUAAAACUGCAAGAGAAAGCCUCAGAGAGUGAUGCAGAGAUAAAAGACAUGAAAGAAACCAUAUUUGAAUUGGAAGAUCAGGUGGAACAGCACCGAGCUGUUAAAUUACAUAAUAAUCAACUCAUCAGUGAGCUAGAAAAUAAUGUGAUGAAGCUGGAAGAACAGAAGUUAGACCUGGAGAGGCAGCUGAAGACUCUAACGAAGCAGAUAAAGGAGGAGACUGAGGAGUGGAGGAGGUUUCAGGCCGACCUGCAGACUGCAGUGGUGGUAGCCAAUGACAUCAAGUGUGAGGCCCAGCAGGAGCUUCGAACAGUGAAGAGGAGACUGCUGGAGGAAGAGGAGAAGAAUGCCAAGCUGCAGAAGGAGCUGGGGGACAUACAGAGCCACAGCAGAUCUGUAAAUGAAGACUCAGAGCCCUCCGAGGUCAAUACCCCUGGCCAGUGGCAUGGCGUCUUUGUGAACAAAACAUCUCCAACAGCUGCAGAGUCUGCAACCACUGUAAAAUCCCUUAUCAAGUCUUUUGACUUGGGACGCCCAGGUGGCCCCGGACAGAAUAUUUCUGUCCAUAAGACCCCAAGAAGUCCCCUUAGUGGAAUACCAGUGAGGACUGCUCCAGCUGCUGCUGUUUCUCCCAUGCAGAGGCAUUCAUCAUACAGCAACGUGCGGUCAGCCAGCAAAGGAAUAACUCAACACUUGGAUCUUCCAGAUCUUCCUCUCUCAGAUCUUCUGAAAGUAAAGCCAGACCCUUAUCUUCGUAAGAGUCCUUCACUUGAGUCUCUGAGCAGACUUCCUUCUCUGAAUUUUGGGAGCACCAGACUGCUGAGCGCCUCUACUGGGGGAUUGAAGUCACAGAGCAAACUCAGUGUGGAACGAAGAGACCCGCUGGCUGCAUUGGCCCGGGAAUAUGGGGGUUCCAAGCGCAAUGCUCUGCUGAAGUGGUGCCAGAAAAAGACAGAAGGCUAUGCGAACAUUGAUAUCACCAACUUCAGCAGCAGCUGGAGUGAUGGCCUGGCCUUCUGUGCUCUACUCCAUACUUACCUGCCUGCCCACAUCCCAUACCAGGAGCUGAAUAGUCAGGAGAAAAAAAAGAAUCUCUUGUUGGCAUUUGAAGCAGCUGAAAGCGUAGGCAUCAAACCCAGCCUGGAGCUCAGUGAGAUGCUCUACACAGACCGGCCUGACUGGCAGAGUGUGAUGCAGUACGUCUCCCAGAUCUACAAGUACUUCGAGACAUAAGACUAGAGCAUCCAAAGAAACCCCCUCGUGACCUACAGGAUCACUGAGCUUCAGCCUGCCACUGCUCUGGUUCCAGCCCUGGAAUUGUAUGAGGCAGCCUGUGGCCACUGCUCUGUCCUCCACUUGUUCUGCCCACUACGUUUCAAAGGAAAGUUCAUCCAGGGGACCAGUCCACAACAGAAAGACAGCUGGACUCACCACUACCAACUCUACAUCUGCACAUUGGGAGGAUAAGUGAGGGGAACCUUGCUCCCCAAGGACCAUCCUUUAUCUAGACGUGGGUCAUGGGUCUACACCUCAGUUUAUCCUGAGGACCCUGCAUGAACUUCCCCACUCCCAUCUGGAAUUCUGUGCCUGACCUACAUUGAGAUUCACAGCAAACACUUCUUCCCAGUCAGUCCUCAUCAGACUAUCUUUUCCCCCUUAAAACUACUUUGCCCUGGCCAGCCCACUCCUUUUCCCCAAACCACUUAAUGGGACACCAGGAGCAAAUAGUCAUUUGCUCUCAAACUGCCUGGAAAUACACAAUCCAGUGCUUUUGAAGAGGGGAUGGGGAAAUACACUCAUGUGCCAGAGAAGAGUUUUAAUACCUAAAAUUGAGUGACAGGAGUAAGAUUUCCCUCCCCCCCCCUCAACUUAUGUGAUUCCGAGUAGAAGACAAGACAGGAACCCUAGGGAGUUUGCUGCAAAAGGAGAGCUCAGAACCUACAGAAAACUGGCGCUCACCUUCCCACCAGCAUUUGACACAAACAUCUCACACAUGGGAAAUGGCCUGGAAUGUGGGGUUUUCAUGAAUUUUCACUAUUAAAUAGUCUGAAGAUGUGUUUCUUGGAAUAUUGCACACAUGCAAAUUUAAAUAGUGUUUCAGCAGCAAACUCCUGCCUGUGCACAGUAAAAUGAAGCCUUACGGGUGGGUGACUCCAUUUAUAAUUGAAGACAGAAAAUAAGGUUUUUCUCCCCUUCUGUGGGCACCAUAAGUGGUAGCCUGAGAACUUCUGUGCAGCCUUCACUCCUCUCUUAAGGGUUUGGUGCAGGUACUGAUUUGUCUUUUUAUCUUUUUGGGCAGUGAAAUGAGUUUAUUUAACAAAUGAAGAUGCAAGUAAAUUUGAAGUAAACUCA